CCUUAUAAUUCGUUGGCGUGUCAUUUCCAUCUGGGUCGCAUUUUCCAAUGAAAAUGAAAACACCAAAGACCCAAUUCACCACCAAGCAUAUAGCCGAGAAGCUCCCGAGGCUAUGCCUCUUCCUAUUACGGCAAUGCUACGGCGGAUGCGGCGACCGGACACGGUUACUCCCCGGCUCCGCCUCCACCACUCGGUUCUCGAACCUGGGCGACCGACCCAUCGAGCUACAGAUCCGGGUCGGGUCGAUCCUCAGACGGGUCCACACCCUGAAACCGGGUCGGUCCAAGAGGCUCAAACACGGUCACAUUUACAGGGCGUACAUGCCCGGUGGCGGCGGUGACAACCUCGGGGAGUUGUUGUACGGCUACGACGAGACGUGUCGUCCGUACAUAUGGGUCCACGACACGGGCAUGGAUUUCUCCAGGAUGGUGAAGCAGCAGUACAUUAGUCUGGAGGAUCUGAGGGAUUGUUCUGAGAUUAGGGUUUUCAGAGAUCGAGAGAAAGGGUGCGUCUCUGUUCAGAAGAGAAGCAGGGAUGGUUUCUUUCCAGAUCUCUUCUUCUUCUCCUCUGUUUUCUGCUUUCUCGCCUUUGUCCCCAUCAUAUCCAUGGGAAUCUCCUUCAGCAACCGGCGACGAAACAACCACCGCCGCCACCACCAUCACCUCCACCCUCCGCCGCCUCCGCCGCCUUAUUAUUACCUCCCUGAUCCGCCGCGGCAACCACUGCCUCCGCCGGUGCCGCCGCAGCAGCAGCAAGAGUACACCUUCACGGCGAACCCAACUUACCUCCCGGCCCUUCCUCCUCCUCCGCCUCCGCCGCCGCCGAUGAUUCAAUCAUGCUCGCACGGUCCGUACAACUCGUACGGGUACGGGAACGCGGCGACGGGUCGCUACAACUACCACUACCAUUAUUAUCCCCAGCAAGCUCCGUACUUCGCAGGUCAGACCAAUGGGUGGGCUCCGAUGCUGAGGCCGCCGGCGAUGGUGGGUCCUCCGCCGCAACCGCCGCCUUACGUGGAGCAUCAGAGCGCGAAGAAGGUGAGGAACGAUGUGAAUGUGCACAAGGAUACGGUGAGGCUCGAAGUAGACGAUCUGAGCCCUGGUCACCUCCUUGUUUCCUUCGUCUUCGAUGCCCUCUUCGACGGCAGUUUCACCAUCACGUUCUUCGCCAAGGAGGAAGCGAAAUGCGAGUUGAUUCCGCAGUUUCCGGAAGUUUACGCCCCGACCAGAGUUCCCUUCUACAAGGGUCUCAGUCAGAAGUUUCUACAGCCUUCUGGAACCGGAACUGACCUCGGCUUCUUUGCCCUUGACGAUCUUUCUAAACCGUCUUCAGAUGAUGUCUACCCUCUUGUGAUAUCCGCCGAUACGUCAGUCUCUCCAAACUCCUCGGAUUCAGAAGAAUCGGUUCACAAGCAAAUCACUCAAGCGGUUCUGGAGAAGGCCGAUGAUGGGUCUUUCAAAGCGAAAGUCGUGAAGCAGAUUCUGUGGAUUGAGGGAGUUCGGUAUGAACUGCGUGAGCUGUAUGGAAUCGGAAGCUCGAACACAGAAGGGCCACAGAGCCUAGAGGACAGCGAUUCCGGCAAAGAAUGCGUGAUCUGCAUGGCUGAACCUAAGGACACUGCCGUUCUACCUUGCAGACAUCUGUGUAUGUGCAGUGACUGUGCAAAAGAGCUGAGGAUUCAAUCGAAUAAGUGUCCGAUUUGUCGGCAGCCCAUUGAAGAGCUCUUGGAGAUCAAAGUGGAUUCUAAUGAACUAUGAACAGCCUCGUACCAUUUAAGGAUUCCAUUCCUUUUUCGGAUAAAACCCUUCAGCCGAAUCCAUCCCAUUUUGCCUCUUUUGUACUUUGUAGUGUAUAUGAAUCCGAAUCUUUCUAUUUCUGUCUCUUUUGCAACCACACAACAAGAACAUCCAUCAUUCUCUUCUCCCCUAUGCGUUUGUAAUGUACAGAUUUAUACCUAAAGUGAAGCUUCCUUUGUCUUUUCU